CACUGUUUCCGGGGCGGGGCGGGGCGACGCUUGCCCCUAGAGCCGACGUGCUUCAGCUCCCUCCGGGUUCGUGUCUCCCUCCACGCUCCCUACUGCAAUGAGCUUUCUCAGAAGUUUCCCGCCGCCUGGCUCGGCUGAGGGGCUUCGGCAGCAGCAGCCAGAGACCGAGGCUGUGCUGAACGGCAAGGGCCUCGGCACCGGCACACUGUACAUCGCUGAGAGCCGCCUGUCUUGGUUAGAUGGCUCUGGAUUAGGAUUCUCACUGGAAUAUCCUACCAUUAGCUUGCAUGCGGUGUCCAGGGACCUAAAUGCCUAUCCACGAGAGCAUUUGUAUGUUAUGGUGAAUGCCAAAUUUGGAGAAGAAUCAAAGGAAUCUGUUACUGAAGAAGAAGAAGACAGUGAUGAUGAUGCUGAACCUAUUGCUGAAUUCAGAUUUGUGCCUAGUGAUAAAUCAGCAUUGGAGGCAAUGUUCACUGCAAUGUGUGAAUGCCAGGCUUUACAUCCUGAUCCUGAGGAUGAAGACUCAGAUGAUUAUGAUGGAGAAGAAUAUGAUGUGGAAGCACAUGAACAAGGGCAGGGAGACAUCCCUACAUUUUAUACCUAUGAAGAAGGAUUAUCCCAUUUAACAGCAGAAGGCCAAGCCACAUUGGAGAGAUUAGAAGGAAUGCUUUCUCAGUCUGUGAGCAGCCAAUAUAACAUGGCUGGAGUCCGGACAGAAGACUCAAUAAGAGAUUAUGAAGAUGGGAUGGAGGUUGACACUACACCAACGGUUGCUGGACAGUUUGAGGAUGCAGAUGUUGAUCACUGAAAAUGAUUAAUGCUGCUGUGGGGUGCUGUCAGUGGAACUAUCAGAAAAUAUCUCUUAAGAGUUCUGUGAUUUAUAUUUCUUCUUUAAAUACUUAAUUUUUAUUUCCACAGCAUUUAUUUCUGUCAGUGUAGCCAUUUAGUCUAAAACCAGCAUUGUCUCCUCUGCAGUUAGCUAAAAUUAUGUGUUCAUACUGCUGCAGCUCUGUUAGCUCUAAUUUUCAGAUCUCACAGUUCCAGAUAUCAGUACUUCACUAUUACACUGUAUGGGAAAUCUUUUGGUGCCAACUUAAGUCUUCUCUUCUCACUUUUCUGCUUAUCAUGUUCUUUAUAGCAUGCUGACUUUUUCAGUUCGGUAAUAUGUAGUAACUUACAUUGAAACUGGAAAAAGAUUUUUUGAUCUUUUGCCUUUCACAUAUUUCUUCUUGCAAAAUAGAUUAUUCAGAGAAUAUGCACCACUGUAUUAAUAAGGAUUCUGAGAAACUCAUUUAUUGUGUCAGUAAUGGUUAUACAAAUGAGAUGUUACUGCAAUUCACUGGUGAGAAUUCUUAGGAUUCCUUGUAAUGUAAUUUUGUAGUAAAAUAAUCAUAAAAUAACCACAGAUUUCCUAAUGAGCUGAUGAUUUGUUUUCCAUUCAUUUUAUGCUACAGUUGGAGCAGAGAGCUAUUUUAUUCAUAAAGUUUAUACAAGUUCUUCCUCUGGAUAAUUGACCUGAAUUCCAAACAGUGUCUUUAAAUUUUUAAUCAUUUAAAAUUGUUUUUGCCUUUAAGGAAUGGAAUAAUUAGACUGUUUAUGCAACCAUUAAUGAUUUCAAGAUAGUGGAACUAGGACCUCUCAGUGCAUGAGAUGGGGUGGAGUCAAGGCACAGGAGUGGUAGAAUCACAGCUCUACCACAUAACGGCUUCUGUGCCUUUGGACAAUCCUCAGUUUCCUCCUUUGAGAAUGGGGUUGAUAAACUACCUGGCAGGAUUGUUGCAAAGACUAACAUAUAUAUCUGUGUUCUCUGGCACUCUUGACUGGGCAUCCAAUAAAUAAUAGGUAUUAUUAA